AGUGCCCCUCCUGUGACCUCGGAUUGGUUUGAGGAGCCUUCAAAUGAAAUUGUAAUGAUUCUCACAGACGAUGUAGUGGUUAUUUCUAAUGAAUAAAGGUUUGUUUAUUUUGAAGAAAAAAAAAGAUUCUCCUUAAGCAACAGGUGCCUCGGGCCUGACAGGGAGGGAGGCUCUGGCCUCAAAAUAGCAAACUGGAACUGACGGCGAGAGAGAGUGCGAGAUGUGCGCAGCAGGGAGUGGGCACCCGCCGAUUGCAUGCACCACGAACGCCGAGACAAGGGGAAGGAGGAGAAAAACAACCGGCGGCCGGCAACCAGGCUUGGACGACCGACCGAGCGAGUAGUUAGCUAGCCUAGGCAUAGCACUGGCACCCCGGCCGGCCGGCAGCCAUACAUGGCCGCCACCGUGGCCGCGCGGUGGUGGGAGGACGCGGCGAUCUCGGUGGGGAUGGUUGCCGUGCAGCUUGCCGGCGCGGCGUACAUGGUGGUGCUGACGCCGAUCCUGGCGCUGGGCCUGGACCCGCUCUUCCUGGUGACGUUCGGCAGCCUCUCCACGGGGAUCCUCACCCUCCCUUUCGCCCUCAACCUCGACAGGAACAAAUGGCCGUCGGAGCUGAGUAAUAGGUUGAUCCUUGAGUUGGUGGUGCUGUCUCUGGGAGGGGUGACUGUGUUCCAAGCCCUCAUGCUGGAUGGCAUGAAGAGGACAUCCCCCGCCAUCGCCUCCGCGAUGCUGAACCUGGCCCCGGGAUUCAUCUUCGUUGUCGCGGGCUGCCUCCGGUUUGAGAGGGUUGAUCUCAAGUGCCGGUACACAAGAGCCAAGAUAGUGGGGACCCUUCUGUGCCUGGGGGGAGCCAUCACCAUGAGCAUCCUGCAGAGCCCUGCCACUCCACCGGGCCGAAGAUCGCCAGACCUGGCAGCCUGGGUCGUCGGCUGCCUGUGCCUCCUGGGUGCGGUGCUCGUGCUGUCGGGCACAAUAAUCCUGCAGGCAGCAACCCUGAUCCGUUUCCCGGCCCCUUUUACCCUCUGCGCCAUGACCUCACUCAUCGGCGCCUUGCUGACAGGGAUGUUCCAGGUGUUUACCACAGGGAGGCUCGGCCCUGGGACGGCCCAGAUCAGCACCGGAAUAAUCCUCUCCCUUGUGUUUGUGGGUAGUCUGGUGAGCUCCGUGUCCAUCAUGUACCAGACGUGGGUGCUAGAGAAGAAGGGGCCUGUGCUCGUCUCACUGUUUAGCCCCACGCAGACCGUGGGUUCCGCAAUCUUCUCCGCCCUCUUCUUGGGACGGGUGGUGCAACCAGCAAGCAUACUAGGGAUGCUAUUUCUUUUCUCCGGCCUUUAUGCAGUUCUGUGGGCAAAGAAGAAAGAAGGCCAUGUUCUUCCUCCUGCAGACAAGGUCGUGGCAGACGAUAUAGAGAAACCACUCUUGCUUCCACGCUAGCUUUUGUUUUAAUAUCUAGACAGGCAGGGUUCAUAUAGCAAAAAUCAAAGAUUGUAUACUUCUCUUUGUUAGAUUUUUGUAAACAAGUACUGUACUAUGCUAUGUUCAUACUGACAAGAUGCUUAGAUCAGUAGCAUCAGAUUGUAGAGCACUGAUAGAGGUAAGAUGAAAUGAAGAAUACCAAGCACAUGCAAGUUGUCUUGCGCCUAGCUCCAGUAAU